AGUGGGUGGUGAAGAAGGACGACCCGGAAACGAAAUGGGGAGGGGCAACUUCCGUUCUUUGUUCUGUUCUCGGUUGUGUGGGUCUGUGACAGGUUCCAACAGGGCCUGGUCCGUGUCCGGCCCCUAAGUCUUACGUCCCUGUCCCCAGGGAUCUCUGUACAGAGCUCUGGCUGUUGUUCAACUCACUAAGCAUAGACCAGGCAGACCUUGAAGUCGGCCUCCCAAGUGUUGGAAUCAAAGGCAUGGGUUCACCAUGUCAGCUUGCCUUUCACUUUGGAGUCAGCCUUGCAGAUGCUCCUUCAAAACCUGCUUCCUGCCGCGUCUACACCCGGGAGAGCAGCAACCAGAACAUUUCACUCUACCUAUGGAAUCUCAGGCUGACCUUGCAUCUCAGGAACCUCCACUCCUAAUGGAGAGUGCUCUUUCCUCUUCAGAAGUCCCUUCCUUUCCUGACAAGGACAGUCUGGGACGUGAGAUGUUGGCUGCUGCACUUCUGAAGACCAAGUCCCAGGAGCUGGUGACAUUUGAAGAUGUAGCUGUCUACUUCAUCUGGAAAGAGUGGAAACGUUUGGAACCUGCACAGAGGGACCUCUACAGGGAUGUGAUGCUGGAGAAUUAUGGGAAUGUGUUCUCACUGGAUUAUGAAUCUAAAACUGGAAAUGACCAAGUAAUCUCUGAAGGCAUGGGGUCACAUGAGAUGAUGUUGGGACAAUUCCAAACGGAUGUUUCUCAGGGUCUUAAGUUUGGAGAAGCCUAUGAAGAAGAAGUCAGUUUGAAGAGACAGCUAGGGAAUUCCUCUGUUGGAAGACUGAAUAGGAGAAUACAGGAGUUUCACCAAGCGACAGUCGAGGAAAAGCUUACCCAUAUGGGACAAAGAAAUGAGAAGUAUAAUGAGUUUGGGAACAGCUUCACUGUGAAUUCCAACCUCAUUUCACACCAGAGAUUUCCCAUGGGACACAGACCCCAUAAGUGUGAUGAAUGUAACAAGAGUUUUAAUCGAACUUCAGACCUUAUUCAACAUCAGAGAAUUCACACUGGGGAAAAACCCUAUGAAUGUAGUGAAUGUGGAAAGGCCUUCAGUCAGAGCGCACAUCUUAUUCAGCACCAGAGAAUCCACACUGGAGAGAAACCUUAUGAAUGUAAAGAUUGUGGGAAGACCUUCAGUUGUAGCUCUGCUCUCAUUCUACAUCAGAGAAUCCACACUGGGGAGAAACCUUACGAAUGUAAUGAAUGUGGAAAAACAUUCAGCUGGAGCUCCACUCUUACUCACCAUCAGAGAAUCCACACUGGUGAGAAGCCCUAUGCUUGCAACGAAUGUGGGAAGGCUUUCAGUCGGAGUUCCACCCUUAUUCAUCAUCAGAGAAUCCAUACUGGAGAAAAGCCCUAUGAAUGUAAUGAGUGUGGGAAGGCCUUCAGCCAGAGCUCACACCUCUAUCAGCACCAGAGAAUCCACACUGGAGAGAAGCCCUAUGAAUGUAUGGAAUGUGGGGGGAAGUUUACCUACAGUUCAGGCCUUAUUCAGCAUCAAAGAAUCCACACAGGGGAGAAUCCCUAUGAAUGUAGCGAGUGUGGGAAAGCCUUCAGGUAUAGCUCAGCUCUUGUUCGCCAUCAGCGGAUUCAUACUGGAGAGAAGCCUUUGAAUGUAAUGGGUGUAAGCAGAAAUUCUCUUAGGGUUUCUGCUGAAUUAAACAUCAGAGAAUCCACGUGAGAGAGCCACAUACCAUUUUCCUCACUUCCUGAGUCUAAAGAGCUCUUGCCUUACUUUAUAAAUAGCACCAAUUUAGGAUGUUUCCCACCUCAAACCUUUCACUCAGAGUGGGGCAGAUUGGGAAAAACAUCCUGGCACAGUGAUGACCAGGAUUUCCCAGGAGUGCAUACCAGUCUUGAAAAUUGUGAGGCAAGUAGCAGAUUAAGCACUGGGAAAAGGAGGAAGCUUGGGGACCAGUGAUCCCUUUUUUAGGCAGGGGUUUGCACUAAACCAAUUUUCUCACACCAGAAGAGCCUUUUUUUCUAAGUUGGGGAUGGACAUUUAUUAGCAACAAAAUUCCAAGGAUUCCACUAGUUGGAGUCAAUCUGGUGAACACAGAAGACAGAGGGAAGAAUAUUCUGGGUCAUCUAGAAAGGGAAACAAGCUGUAUUUCUUUUUCUCUCCCCCUCCCCUUUUUUUUUGAGAUAGGUCUAGCCCUAGCUUUUCUUGAACUCACUGUGUAGACCAGGCUGUCCUUGAACUCAAUGAGAUCUGCCUGCCUUUGCCUCUGAAAUGGUGGGAUUAAAGGCAUAUAUACAACCAUGCCAGGCCCCCAGGAGCUGCAUUUCCAAGCCACUCUUACUAAUCCAGCUUUGAGAUUGGACAAGGAAUAUGCUGCUUUGGUAGGUACAUGACUUCAUGAAUUCAGGAAACUUGGUGCUAAUGAGUUCAUUUUAUUGGGGGUGGAGUGAGGGAAGGAUCCCAGCAAGGGUCUGUAGUGACUACCCUUGGAACUCUUGAAGCAGUGAUAACAUGUUUUCAUGAGCAGUCUGGGGCUAGAGAAACAGCUCAGAGGUUAAAAGCACUGACUGCUAUUGCAGAGGUUCUGAGUUCAGUUCUCAGCAACCACAUGGUGACUCACAACCAUCUAUAAUGAGAUGUGAUGCCCUUUUCUGGCAUGCAGGCAUGCAUGCAGACAGAACAGUAUACACAAUACUGUAGGCAGACCCCACAUCCCCCCCUUGUAAUAGGACUGACUGGAAGGAAUCUCACUGGAACAGUAACUAACCUGCAGUAGAUCAGAAGCAUUUAAUACUGGCCUGACUCCUGCCCUUUCUUCCUAUUCCUGUGGUGAAAGGUAAUUUGAUGUCAACCUCUAGUUAUUAAGGAUGCUGUAGGGAGCUCAUCUACUUAGCUUGUCCUGCCCUCUCACCUCUAACAUCUGGCCUCAGCAGCUGCACCUCUCCAGAGUUCAUCUGCCUUCAGCUACUUCAGAGUACACAAACAGUAAAUACAGAGAGGCACUGAGGCCCAAGCUUGGCAGCAGGGCACCUUGCUGGGUUCGGGUGGUGCUCUAACCAACAGAUGGCUUCCCAUAUUUCUCCAACCCUGCUCAAUCUGUAGCUUAAAAGAAAUGCACUAUUAAACAGAAUAGUCUUUCAGAAGAGGAGAUGGAGUGUAUGUUUGUAUAGGAAUCAAAGUUAUGUCAGUUAGAAUAGCACAGAAACCAUAAAUGGAACCCUAAAGUAAACUUUGAUAA